AUGCCCGGCUCGAAUUCCCCGGCAAUCGCGACACCCCUCCCCGAACCCCCUCCCAAACGCCGCAAGGUCCUCGACACCGCGCUACAUCGCUACAGCUCCCCAGACGAACUUAGCUCACCAGACCUCAACGGGACCGUUGCCCCAACCAAGCCUCCCACGCGCCGCCGUCGACUCUCAGCCCAGCGAGCCGCUCCUAGCAUGACGCCUAGCAGGUCUCCCAGCGACGACGAGCUCAAUGGAGCAUACUACUCACGCUCCUCGCGCUCCCGUUCGCGCUCACGAUCACGGACCCGAUCCCCGACGGCAUCCCCACGGUCCCGCUCACGCUCGCGUUCCGCCUCGACAUCCGGUGGCAGCGACCGCUCUUCGUCCUCCUCUCGGCGCAGCCUAGCAGAUAAUGUCGACCGCAUGCGCCUGACCCCCGGCGCAGUAACAACAGGCGCCGCGACCCCGACCACGCCGCCGCCACCGCCCGCACGAAAGGGCCCCGUGAGGCCAGUCUUCGAACAAACCCGCGUCCUCGGCGGCCAUGCCGGCAGACCGGUCUCGCAGGUCCGGAUAUCCCCCGACGGCCGCUGGAUCGCGAGCGCAUCGGCCGACGGCACCGUCAAGGUCUGGGACGCCGAGACGGGCCGGCACAUGGACACCCUCGUCGGGCACAUGGCGGGCGUGAGCUGCGUGGCGUGGAGCCCCGACAGCGGGACCCUGGCGACCGGCAGCGACGACAAGGCCAUCCGGCUGUGGGACCGCGUCACAGGCCGACCCAAGGCGACGGCCAAGGGCGUCGCCGCCACCGGGGGCACCGCGAGGCCGAUGCCGCCGCUGCGCGGACACCAUAACUACGUACACUGCCUCGCCUUCUCGCCAAGGGGCAAUGUUUUGGCCAGCGGGUCGUACGACGAAGCUGUGUUCCUAUGGGACGUGAGGGCAGGGCGGUUGAUGAGGAGUUUGCCUGCGCACAGUGACCCUGUGAGCGGAAUCGACUUUUGUUGCGACGGGACUUUGGUCGUCAGUUGUUCGACCGACGGGCUGAUUCGUAUCUGGGACACAUAUACAGGGCAGUGCCUCCGCACCCUGGUCCACGAGGACAACCCGGCCGUGACGUCGGUAUGCUUCUCGCCCAACGGCCGCUUCGUGCUCGCCUUCAACCUCGACGACAACAUCCGACUGUGGGACUACGUCGACGGCUCCGUCAAGAAGACGUACCAGGGUCACACCAACAACAAGUUCGCCAUCGGCGGCUGCUUCGGCAUCGUCCCGGGCGAGGGCGCCUUUAUCGCCUCGGCGAGCGAGGACGGUGAGAUUGUCCUGUGGGACGUGGUCACCAAGGAAGUCGUGCAGAGGAUCCCCGCGCACCAUCCCAGCGGGAAGAAGAGCGUGUGUUUCUGGGUCGAUGUGCACGGGGACAACAUGGUCGGCGCGGGACAGGACGGGUCUAUACGGAUGUUCAGCAGGGUGGGUGGGGAUGGCGAUGUUACUGCUGCUGCCGCUGCUGUGGUGACGAACGGGCACGUGGAAGACGCGCCCGACGUGGCGGCCGAGGAGACACCGGGGACAGAGCCGCCGAUAAAAGUGGAAGAGGAUUUGGAGAUGGGCGGGACGUAG